GAAAGACACCUGCACAGUCACACUGAUGACAGAUAAUCUCAGGUAGUCGACGUGGUCGCUGGGUCAUGCAAGUGUUAGCAUCAUGCCACUGACAAGGAUUUGCCUUGCCUUCCUGUUGGGUCUCUGCAUUAAUACAGUUGCCUCCAUCCAUUGGUCCCAUUGUGAUGCCGUUGUGUUUGCCGCCUCGAAGUUCAGCACAAUGUCAACGCAUCAUGGCCCGCUGUUUCUGAGCAUUGUAGCCAGCAGUGGUGUUUGCGAAUGGAAGAUAUAUGCCAGGCCUGGAUACAGAGUGCUGAUGGAGGUUGUGGAAUCGUCUCUUCCUUCAAGAUGUGACGCCGUUUACAACAUAAGCGUAAACGAGGGCACUCUUGUGUGGCGGAACCUUCUCGGAUCCUGGUGUGGUCAGCAGACUCCUGCGUUUCAAUCGUCCGGCUCGACUAUGACCAUAAAGUUCAACUCUGUUAUUAUCGACAGUGAUAAUGGUUUUUCGAUCCGCUACAAGCAAAUAUCAGGCAACACUGGGAGGGUAAGGUCCCUUUUGCCGGCAGCUUAUGUUCGCAAAACUGCAUGGAAAUCUCCAAAAUCACGGCCUCCAAUGCAAACAGUUGCUACGACCCCUUCUAACAAAGAGGAGACGUCGGCUUGUAGUCCUUCCCCAUUGACUGUCGCUGUCACAGAACAGGAGCAAAUCCUUCCUUGCCCCUCUGGUCAACCGAACAUCCAGUGUUUCUGGCGACUGACGACCCAAGCGCUAAACGAUUACAAUUUAAAGGUGCAAGUUAACAUUGUGUCUGGUAAUGAUGGUGAACGUCAGUGUCCGUGCAAGGAUGGCCAUCUUCAGGUAUUUGAUGGUUCACCAUCCACAUCGCCGUUGCUGGGGAGGUGGUGUGGUCAAGCUAUUGUGACGCUGGUCAGUUCAGGACAGGACCUCUACCUCGAAUACACUGCUGGAAAAUCCGUCUGUGACCAUGACUUUAAGGUGCUCUAUGUGGCGAGCAGGAAGACACCACGUCCAUCAACGGCUUCCCGGAGAACUUCAGUGAAUUCCAUAGCCACCGUGGUAGGAACAGUAUUUGGCGUUGUGGUGCUUCUCCUGAUUUUGAUAACUGUUAUUAUUUUCUGCACUGUGUACAAGAACAAGAAAAUGGCAACGUAUGAUCCACAACUUGAGACCGAUCCCGUCUAUGCUGUCAUCGGUAAAUCCACAACGAAGUCAGCCUUCUUCAUCAACCUGCCAACUGUUUCUGAGACAGUUUGUCAACCCACUCUUCCGGCUCGAGAUGGUUGCUCUGCAGGUACCACACUGACAAGUUGUUGCCAUACAACAGUCGAGAAAGAUGGCACGUCUGAAGCUGUUGACUGUGAUGAUCCUGUGGGUCAAGGUUGUAGCAAGGCUACUUCGGACGAAGGAAUGUGGACCUCGGAGAGAAAGAAAUCCUUGUCCAACGUAUACGGCGACCUACCCACCACUCACCAAUCAACUACAACGUGUUGAUUUAACGUAACGUGAAGAUUUUGAACCAAUAGAAGUACUAAAAACAACGCGAAUUAAUUUGAGAGCUGUCAGACAGGUUAUCAAGGAUAUUUUAUCAACUUUCUGUUGUUUUGAAAAAUUAAAUCCACUCAU